AUGGCCCCCUCACGAUCACACACGUCUCUCCUCUCUCUCCUCGCUGCCACCUCGUUACUGCCCCUCCAAGCAUGGGCCUCGUUCGAGUGCAAAGACAUGGCGACGCAAGGCGUGCACUUCAACUUCGAGAAGCUCGGCGGGCCACGCGUGGUACACUGGAAAGAGGAAGAUCUGGAGCACGACUUCGAGUACAGGUACAACUUCACCCUCGACCUCUGCAGCGCGCUCAAGUCCGAUUGCCAUAACGGCGCUCGAGUCUGUGCCAUGCGCGAGAACAUCGACCUGUCGCAGGAGGGCAACUCGACAGUCACACCCAUUGAUAUUGCUGGCACCUACACGUCCUACAACGGUCGCGACAUCCAGGCCAAGUUCGAGCUGUUGCGAAACUCCAAGUCGAACUCGGACGCCGGGCGGGAAGGGUUGCGGACCGUACUACAUGGAGGACGACUGCCCUUCGACGAUAAGAAGACUGGGACAGACCAGCGCGCGAUCAUCGAAUUUGUGUGCGACAAGGAGCGAACCGGCCUCGAGGGCAACGACACAGACGGCGGCAAGUCUGGCAACGACAAGGAGGGCGAUAAGAAAGACGAUAAGAAAGACGAUAAGAAAGAUGACAAGAAAGAUGAUAAGAAAGAGGACAAUAAGGGGGACAAGAAAGAGGAGGAGAAGCAAAUCAGCGGGAGAGACGAGGGCAGCAAGGACCAAUGUGAGGACAGCGACGCUAGUCUGCGUUUCUGCGGAUACAAAGUGGAGAACCUGGAGAAGGACAAGAAGGCGAGAACUCUGAGGCUUGAGUGGCGCACCAAGUAUGCGUGUGAAGAUGCGCCGGUGGAGAGGCCUGCAAGCUCUCACUGGGGCUUCUUUGGAUGGUUCUUUAUCAUUGUUUUCCUCUCGAUUGCAGCCUAUCUCAUCUUCGGCUCAUGGCUCAACUACAACCGCUACGGCGCUCGCGGCUGGGACCUGGUCCCCCAUUCGGACGCGAUCCGCGAUGUGCCUUACAUUGCAAAGGACUUUGGGCGUAAGAUCUUCCAGACUGUACAGGGUAGUGGGACUAGGGGCGGUUACGCAGCCGUCUGA